AUGAUCAAAGGCCUUUGCAAAAUCGGAAAUAAUGCUAUUGCCAUUUCUUUGCUUAGGCUGAUGGACAAAAGAGGCUGUAAACCUAAUGUUGUUGUAUAUAGCACAAUCAUUGAUAGUCUUUGCAAAGAUCAAAUGAUUGAUGAGGCCUUCAAACUAUUUAAAGAGAUGGUCUUUCAAAAACGCAUUGCACCUAAUGUCAUCACUUACAGCUCUUUGAUUUCUGGCCUAUCUAAAUUAAAUCAGUGGGAUGAGAUGUAUAAGAUGCUAAAAGAAAUGGAGGAUUAUAGGAUCUCUCCAAAUGUUCAUACCUACAGUAUAUUGGUUGAUGCAUUCUGCAAAGAAGGUCGGGUAAAAGAAGCCGAGGAUGUUAUCAAUAUCAUGGUUGAGAAAGGCAAGGUUCCUGACAUAGUGACUUACAGCUCACUUAUGGAUGGUUACUGUUUGCGAGGUGAGAUGACCAAAGCAAAGACGGCUUUUGAUUCAAUGGUUUCUAAAGGUAUCGUCCCUGAUGUUGUUACUUACAAUAGUUUAUUGAAUGGGUACUCCAAGAGUUUAAAAAUAGACGAGGCCUUGCAAAUGUUAAGAGCCGUUCUUACUAAAAUUUCUGUGUUUUAG